AAACCUGGAAGAGCACAUCCGGCUGGUUAAAAAAUACCUCAAGAUAAUCUUUGAAAUCGCCCUGUAUCGCCCUCAAAAAAAAAAUAAACAAAAAGUAGGCUUCGGCCGUAAACAAGACAGAAUUGCUGGAUAAAUUGAACUCACAGUAACUUCGACAACAUGUCUGUACGUUACGACUGGUACCAGUCCGAGAGCAAAGUGGUAAUCACUGUUCUGCUGAAGAACGCCACAGAGAAGAACUACGCUGUCAAGAUUGAGUCAAAGAAAGUACACAUGACCGCCGAUGGAUACGAGCUGGAGAUCCAACUACUGCAUCCCGUUGUCGUGGACCGUUGCUCCCACAAGGCGUAUCAGUCCAAGGUCGAAAUAACUCUGGCCAAGGAAACGGGCGUGCGCUGGGAGACCCUAGAGGAGAAGGCUGCUCCCGCUGCAGUCGCAUUGCCUAAACUCCAUACCAAAAAUUGGGACCAGCUGGUCAACGAGGAGGAGAAGAAAGAUGAAAAGGAGGCCAAGGACGAAGCGGCUCUAAAUAAUCUUUUCAAGCGGAUUUACAGCACUUCCUCACCCGAGGUGCAGAAGGCCAUGAACAAAUCUUUUUCAGAGUCCGGCGGCACCGUGCUUAGCACUAACUGGAACGAAGUGGGCAAGGAUAAGGUGUCUGUGCAGCCGCCCCGAGGAACCGAAUUCCGCCAAUGGGAGAAAUAGGCCUGAUAUGCGGCUAGUUAAACACACACAAAAUACAGACAUUUAUUUAAAUGAGAUUUCAGAGACACAAAUAUAUUUUUAGCCAAACAGAAUGCAUGCGAUGGGCAAACCACAUUAACAAUAUGAUUAUGAACUAACAAUUUUUUUAAAUAAAAUUGAUAGAAGCAUUGCAAUUCAUGGCGAGCUUGUUCUAUACAUUA